AUGUCUUUUCGGCCUCCCAAGCGGCGACAAUUUAAGUCUACUCGCUUUGCAAGAGACUCAGACUCUGAGGAUGAAAAUGUUUUGGGUUGUGAUUUGAAAAAUGGUCCAUCUGCAUCCAUUCCAGUUGAGGAGGCCGUAGAUUGCAUAAAAACGUGGCAAAAUUUCCGAAAACGACGCGCUGGUGUCAGUGCAGAAUCCCUAUUUGUUGGAAAGAAAAUUGAACCAGGAGUUUUGGUUGAGGACGACCCUUUUAAACUUAAAAGUGGUGGUCUUGUAAAUAUGAAGGGUACUUUUCGAAAACCAUUGAGGGACGAGUUUGAAGAUGAAGUUCGCCUUUCUAAAACUUUUACCGCUGAGACUAAUAAAAGGGAUGAAGAUGCUGACAUGCUGAAGUACAUUGAAACUGAAUUGGCUAAAAGGAAGGGAAUCACGAAGACUGAGCCGGAUGCCCCUAAGACGGUUAUUGACAACAUUUUGGCCGAAAUUCCAGAGGCCCUAAAACCAAAGAUGGGCCAACAGUCGGAGGACAUGUUGUCAAACCAAAUGCUCUGCGGCAUACCUGAGGUGGACCUUGGCGUUGAAUCAAAGAUGCGAAACAUCGAGGCAACUGAAGAGGCAAAGCAACGACUCUUAAAAGAACGCUUAAACAAGCGCCAGAAAAAUCCUGCCGACGACCUGGCUCCAUUCAAUAUGUCCGUCAACUUUGUCCAACACAACCGAUGGAAUAAUUACGUCGACCAGACGUUGCAUCGUGAGCUAACCGUGCAGCUCCACGACAACCCUGACCGGCCGGAUGUCCCCGAAGUUCCUCCGAUCGCCGAUCCUCCUGCGCUUGAAGUUGUGUUUUUAAUUGUCACCUUUCAUCUUUUAGCCGAACGACGGCGGUUACAAGGUGAAAAGUCAACGGACUCCAAGGUUCUACAGAGGUUUAAGAACUACAUGCAAAACAAAAGGGGAAGGUGA